UAUAUAAUAACAGCUUACCAUUUUUAAAGUUCAAUGCAAAAUUUUUCCAAAUAAUUCUCUGAGAUUCCUUUUACUUUGACAGAUUGUUUUCAUUAACCAAACCAAAAGCUAUCAAAAUCUCCAAAUCAUCAUCAAUAACAAGUGGUGCAAUAAAAAGCAGCAGCAGCAAAAACACAAACAAGAUAUUAUAAAUGGAAGAUAAGAAACUAAACUUUAACAGGCCGCUGCUUUCUGUGAGACGUGUCACAUCGAAAGAAAAGGAUUCCAAAAAGAAGAACUUAAAUUCUUCUGCUCCUGCAGUGUUACAUCCAAGUCCAUCUACUAAAUCUGAUAUGCAUUCCGGCCCGUUGAGAGACCCCGGAAGUGUUCCUUUUGUAUGGGAACAAAGUCCUGGAAAACCAAAGGAUGAAAGAAAAACACACAAAAAACAUCCUAUUGUUCCAAAGCUCCCUCCGGGUAGGCUUUUGACAAAACCUCAAAAACAAGAUGUAUAUAUAAUAACCAAUGAUGAUGGUGGUAAAGGUGACUUGUAUGUGGAUGCUACUGAUAUAUCUCCGCGGAUUAAUGAGAAGCCACGAGAGGUGAAAAAAGUAGUAGUGAAUAAGGGAAAUGAGCAGCCGAAACUUACCUAUGGUCCCAACUUUUUACAGCUUAAUGAUGAUAACGGUGAUAAAGAAGAUAGUGAAUCCGAUUAUGAUGAGCAUGAUAAUAUGUCGUAUAAGGUUUGUGGAUUGCUGCCACAUUUUUGUUUUAAGGGUUCUUCUGUAGGCCUUCUAAAUCCAAUACCAGGAUUAAGUGUGAGGUCUAGAUUGCCAAUAUCUACUGCUAGUAAACCUCGUUCCGCCUCUGCAACUGUUAGCUCCAAGGCUCAGCCUGCUAGAGUUGCUGCAGAUGAGCACAAAACGUCAGUCACAAAACAGAUAGACCAAACUGAUUCAAAGAAUGAUUUGACCGGAGCUACCAAUCAGAAAGACCCCAGACAACUAGAAGGACCAGGAAUGUAUGAUCAUUUAAAGGAUCGGGAAAUUUCAAAUAAUCAUAGUGAGUCAUUUAUGCCUCCUGUUUGUGAAGGAACUGCUCUAAAUUUACCGAAGAGAGGGCUGGUUAGCUUUAAAGAAUUACUGGCCUAUGAGAAUGAGAAAGAAGCCAACUCUCAAAAUUCUGCAGUUGAGAAGACUCUUUAUGUUGAUGCAAUACAUAAUGUGAAAUCUGCCAAACCCGACUUCAAAGCAAAUGAUGUGGAUAUUCUUGGAACUUUGCUUAUGCCCACUGAGCCAUUUAAGUCAGAUUUGCUUGCUGAUAUGUUGAAAGAAGAAAAAGAAAUGAUCAAACAAAUCAAUGUCUGCAAAGAUCCCAAGGUUGACCAAAAAGUCAAAGUUUCUCGACAACAUGGGUCGGAUUUGCCUGCUCCCCCACCAUUACCAAAAUCUCCUUCAGAUUCUUGGCUUUGGCGUACAUUGCCUUCCGUGUCUUCAAAAACUAGUACAUCUGUACGGUCAAAUCGUAAAUGCCAUUCUAACACAACAGCUAAGUUGGAUAAAAACAUUCAAUCACAAUAUCCUCAGGGAUUAUUGUUUCCUAUACCAGAAACUUAAUUUUCUGGCUCUCACUCUUCAAGGUGCUUCCUUCUUUGCAUAUAUUCGGGUUUUGCAUAUUCAAAAGUCGAUCCACGGUGAGCCUGACAAAUGUUAUGGUCUAUUUAUUUGUGAUCAAUGGUUAGCAGUUAUGUCCCCAAUUCACAACACAAUUGGUUUAGAAUGUUCAUAACAUAUUUUUUUAUCUUGUAAUUAAAAGCGAAUAAUAAAGGAAAGUUGAUUGUAGUUUGUACAUGAAAUAUUAGAAUUAGAAAGUAAUAUAUAAAAGAAGGUUUCGAAAAGUGAAUUGGCAUAAA